AUGAUGCUUGGAACUUCCGGCAUCUUUCUCAGCUUGCCCUCCAAAUGGCCUUUUGGGUGGUGGGCCGGUGGUGGUGGGCAUUCAGUGUCAUCUCCAGGUGAUGGAGGUGGUGUAGGAGUUACAGUUGGAAGUGGGGUUUUGGGUGGUGGUGGUGCAUCAGCCUUAACAGCUGAACACAACCAAAAUGAAGAGCCACCCAACAACAUGGCGGAGGAGCUGGAACUGGAGCCAGUGGCGGUGGGGUUUCUUUGGGUGGAGGUGCUGGAACUGGUGCCGGUAGUGGAGUUACAUUGGGUGGAGGAGCUGGAACUGGAGCAGGUGGUGGUGGGGUUUCUUUUGGGUAGCGGUUCUGGAACUGGUGCACGUGGUAGAGUUUUCUUGGGUGGAGGGGCUGGAACUGGAGCUGGAGGUGGUGGAGUUUCCUUGGGUGGAGGAGCUGGAAUUGGGGCUGGUGGUGGUGGUGGUGGAGAAGGAGGAGGAGGAGUUACCUUAGGGGGAGGGGCUGGACCUGGAACUGGUGGAGGUGGUGGUGGUGGGCGGCAUGGCUUACCAAUUCAAGGUGGACAAAUCCCCUUGACACAAGGUGGACUCACCUGA